UCAGCGAUCUGCGAGGCCAGCACUGCUCUGCUCCCUUAGUGCUCCGUUCCCGCAACCGGGCGUCCCGCCGCGCCGAGACAAUUCGGGAGAGUUUGCCCCGGAGCGCCGGCAAGUUUCUUCCCCAGUCCGCUCUGCCAGAGCGAGAGCGAGUGGUACCUGCAAAGCGCCAGAGACGGAUGCUGAGGUUAUUCUGUGAACUUAUCCUCAGGAGACCAAGAAAAUAUUGAGACUCCAUGGAGAAAUAAACCUUGCAGCCUUUCAAUUCAGACAUGAAAAAAACUGCAGCCAUCUGAAGUGGCCAUGAACGCCAAACAAGUCUUCCUUUCUGUCCUGCUUUUUGGGACAGUAGGGCUUCUUUUCUUCAUGUAUUUGCAAGUCUGGAUUGAAGAACAGCAUACAGGGAGAAUAGAGAGAAAAAGAGAACAAAAAGGAGUAUCAGAAUGGCGGCUGGUGCAUUCCUCACAGCGUGUGCCCAGGACCGUGACUACAGGAAAAAUCCAGAAACACAUCGUCAAUCAGAACUCCUACAUUCACAUGCCUGAGGAUCUAAAGAAAAAAGGGGAAAAUCUGCUCAACCUGGGGAGUAAGAUUUUAAAGAAGAAUAGCCAUUCACAAAGGGAGGAUCAAGCUCCUGGAUCAUCAACAGAUACCUCAAUAGAAAUUCCUCAAGGUGCUAAGCCUCGAGUUUUUCAGCAGCCCAUCAAGAUGGAUUGGCCACUGGUCACUCGGCCCUUAAACAAAAGUUCAGUCCAAGACAAUAAGUGGAAGAAGGCAUAUGCAAUCCAGGAGAAACGUAGGUCCUUCCUUCAUGAGUUUUGCAAGAAAUAUGGUGGAAUAAAUGAUCCUCAAGCCAAUCUUUACAGUAUAGUAUCCAGAAUCUACGUGGAAGACAAGCACCGAGUCCUGUACUGUGAAGUACCAAAGGCUGGCUGUUCUAAUUGGAAAAGAAUUCUGAUGGUCCUAAAUGGGUUGGCUUCCUCUGCAUACAAUAUCUCCCAUGAGGCUGUACACUAUGGGAAGCAUUUGAAAACACUGGCUAGUUUUGACUUGAAGGGCAUAUACACGCGUUUGAAUACCUAUUCCAAAGCUGUGUUUGUUCGAGAUCCCAUGGAAAGAUUAGUGUCAGCAUUUCGGGAUAAAUUUGAGCAUCCCAAUAGCUACUACCAUCCAGUGUUUGGAAAGGCAAUCAUAAAGAAAUACCGACCAAAUGCCAACACACAAGCAUUAAAUAAUGGAUCCGGAGUCCAAUUCAAAGAAUUCGUCCACUACUUACUGGAUAAUCACCGUCCAGUGGGAAUGGAUAUUCACUGGGAAAAGAUCAGCAAACUCUGUUAUCCAUGUUUGAUCAACUACGACUUUGUAGGGAAGUUUGAAACAUUAGAAGAAGAUGCCAAUUACUUUUUACAUGUGAUUGGUGCUCCAAAAGAGCUGAAAUUUCCAAACUUUAAGGAUAGGCACUCCUCUGAUGAAAGAACCAGUACUCAAGUGGUUAGGCAGUAUUUAAAGGACCUGAGUAGAGCUGAGAGACAGCUCCUCUAUGACUUUUAUCACUUGGACUAUUUGAUGUUUAAUUACACUGCUCCACAUUUGUAAUUUGCAUUCAUUUUCUAAAGCCCCACAUUGGCUUAAUGAUGAUGGCCUCAAAUCAGCUACUGUAAUUUUUCUACAAUUCUCUGUAUGGGGGAAAUUUAACUAAGUGAAGUCUUGAUUGAAUGAAGUUUUUAUGUUUUUGUUUUUUUGUUUUUUUAACCAAAGAGUAUGACAGCAAUUGGCUCAAAGUUAUUGAAAAAAUCAUCUCAAGGAGACAUGUAAACAACUUGAUGUGCUUUUAAAUGGGAAAAGAGCUGUUUUGGCAUCGUGGCUUAUACUGUGGAAGCAAUAACCUAGCCAGCUGUUACAUUAACCAAGAAAGCCUCUUGCAUGUAAAAUAAGGGGGUCAAAAUGGUGAGAAUUAUGCAUCCAAAUCUUGGCACUCAUCAUCUAACAUGCAUGAAUCUAUUCUUAGCAGUCUGUGGAAAAUACAUCAAAUGAUUGGAUACUUUUCUUAUGCCCUGAAUCUUCCUAUCCACUGGAAUGAUAAAUCCAUUUUUAAGUGUUUGGGCAUAGGCAUUUUACUAUUGAUCUGGAGGCAUUCUGUGAUUUACAGCAUGAGAAUAGAGCAGAAAAACAGAUGAAGUCGUGGCUUUUUUUAAUUUAACAGCCAGUAAAAAAUGCACAACAUACUAAGAUCAAAACAACAAAAGCCACCUUUCUCUUCUAGGAAAAACUUCAGGGGAUUGAUUUUUUUGUGGACGGUGGGGAGUUUGAGCCCUCCAUGAAGAGACAAAAUGAGAACAACCAAGUAGGUCCUCAUUUCUAAACAUCAUCAGAUAGAAAUGUGCUCUUAAUUCUGCUUUAAUUGGGAAAGGGGCAAUUGUUUCAGUAUGGAAUAAUCAUCAAAACCAAAAGCUGCCAUUCUGAAUAUAGACCUCUAGCAAUAACAACGUUUUAUAAGAAUAUUAUUUGAAUCAAAGCACCAUGUGUGUAGCUUUCUGUGUGGAAUACACUCUAAGAAUAGCUUUUGUUUGCAGUCUAAUUAUUCAGCUUGGGAAUGACUUUUUAAGAACUAAUAUACCACUUCAAAGACAGGUUAUGUUCUAGAAAAUAAAUAUAACAAGAGCCCCUAGAAAUGCUUUUAAUAGGCUUAUGAAUAAGCAAAUUAAGGUAUUUUCUUCUUGAGUUAAAACACGCUCUACUAACAAAGUCAAAAUACCAUUGCAAUCAAAUAUUAAAUCAAAGUCUUGGGAAAACAGGACCAUGUGUCAUUCGUAUGAAAAGUUGUAAUACCCUUUAAAAAAUUUUUCCGAGGGAUCUUAAAUUUAAAGGCACAUUCAGAUGAGAAGUGCCUUUUAAUUAGUUAACUACUACCCUAACUUAAGCAAACCACAGGUCAAUCAAAUCCUGUUUAAAUGCCUUUCUUAAAUAUGUUUCUCUUCCUAAGCCAUUAUACUUGAUCAGUAAAUAUUCAACUAUGUCUUGCAAAGGAAACUGUGUCUUAAUAUUUGAAUAUUAAUAGACCAAGAUUCUUAUACUCAUACGUGUCUCAUUUUGAUUUUCCAUUUCAUGGCUGAGUAUUCAUGAAUUGCUUCACUCUGUACACACACCCACCCUAUCUCCUCCAUAUCUCACAGGAGAGGGUAAACUGCAGCGGGCCAAGUCAUCAAAAGUAUUAAACAUUCCACACCAACCUUUUACUACUUUUCCACCCCAUUUCCUUGUGCCUCUAGACCAUACACUUAAGCCUAGUAAUCUAAAUUAUAGAAAUUAAAAUGAUGCUGUACUGGAUAGAGUGGAUUCCUACUAACUUAGCGACCUUAAAAUUAUCUUUUUUUCUGGAGAGAAAAAAGAUAAACAUUACAGAGACCUGAAAGGUUCUUCUUGAACCACACAGAGCUCAUUUUAUUCAGGACCUGUUACAAAGGCUGUUUCUCAAAGGCAUUCCUAAGUGGAAGUAAGAAACAAUGGUAACACACACACACAUAUAUAUAUAUGCAUAUAUAUGCAUAUAAUUUAUAAAUUAAAACUUCUUCAUAGGUUUCGUAUGAAUAGAAAAACGGUAUGCUACAUGGAGUUGGGUAUUCCCUGUGCCUUCUUCACUGGGAAGUGUGGGGCCAUUCUUAACAUGGAUAAGUGGGGACAGCUCCACUUACUUGUUUUCUGACCCUUUCUAUGCACAUAAUCACAGGUCACAUUUUGCUCCUUUCUCAAACAGACUCUGUGAUUGACCCCCUGCACAGCUGUGCAUUCAACAGCCCAGGUCUGACUUUUUCUCUCUGAAUAACAACCUGCUGUAUACCCUCUUCUUUCUAUGGCUCUACGUCAGACCCAAAGAAGCCAGCCGCCAUCCUAGCUCUGUUGUUAUAUUUAAGUAUCUGCUUCAUUCAUCCACCCUCAACUGUCUUCCUUUGCGGGCCAGCUCAAGUUCACAUUCGUUGUAUCUGCUUGUGGACAUAAAUCCAUUUGGGUGCAGUACUAGGCAGACAUAAUUACAUGCAUGUAAAAGCAAUAGAACUAGUCCAGACUCCCCUUACAGGUGUCCAGCCUUCCUGCUGUACAUGAGGUGUGAUUACACACCCUCUGAUGAACCCACAAGUACCUAUUUGCUUUAACACUGGGCAAUAGCUUGGGUCACAGGACUCUUCAUUCUGCUGUUCCCGGCUGGAAUUCCUAUUAAGAUAUCAAGUUGACAAUAAAUCUAAAAGCCACAAGUACUUAACCUGGAAACCACCAACGCAUAGGCAUAAUUAUGUGAUUGCCCCAGAGACUGCCACAGCCUUUAGCAGGAUAUAUAAGUACAAAACACCCAAUUUUCUGAUUUCCUCCUAUGUGUUUGGAAAUACCCAUUAAGUCAGUGGAAAUGUGAGGCCACAUGCUAUCUUCUCUAACUUCACAGUCUAUAAAAUAUUCCCCAGCAACUCAAGAACUACUUGGCUGCUCUUCAUAAUUAGAAGGAAGGGGGAAAAAUCUUGCAUUUUGUGAGAACUUAUUCUUCAAAGAGGUGC